UCUGAUCGAUAUCAACAAAAUACCUUGAUUUUUAUAAGUGCACCAUCUAAAGCUACUGAGCUCUAUGUAAAAAGUUUUGUAAGUCAAUUAUUAACAGAAAAAGAAUUUGGAAUUCUAACGAUUAAACUUACCAGAAAAACAGCCAACAUUGUGGUUAUAAACAUAGAAUAA